AUGAGCGCGCCCGAAGCUUUCCAGACGAUCGCCCUCUUCGGUGCGACGGGCCAGAUCGGGCGCGCCUUUCUCGACGCUCUCCUGCGUCCCUCGACUGCCGGCUACGAGCCUCGUGUGCGCGUCUUCCUCCGCCAACAGCAGUUCGACGACAAGGCGGCGACGAUUCAGGACCAUGCCCGUGUCGACAAGGUCAAGGCCGACUUUGGCGACGUCGAGCAGCUCGCUAAGCUGCUCGAGGGCGUCGACGCCGUCGUGUCGGCGCUCAACGGGCCCGGCAUCGACGCACAGUACGCCAUCCUCGAUGCGGCAGCUCAAGCAGGCGUCAAGCGCUUCGUCCCGUCCGAGUACGGCUUCGAGCACCCCUGGCGCAAGCCUGGCGACGACUGGACCCACUUCCACCCUUACUUCGACAUCAAGCAGCGCUUCCACGAGCACAUGCUGCUGCACCCGGCCAUGAUGAGCCGCAAGAUGACGUUCACCAUCAUCGGCUGCGGCGACCUGUACGACCAGCCGACCGAGACGUACUGGACCGGGUGGGCGGCCGAGCAGGUGCCCGAGCGCUACGUGUUCCCCAUCGUCGGCGACCCCGACUCGAAGUACGAGGUGACCAAGAUCUCGGACCUCGCCCAGUUCGUCGUCGCCGCCCUCGCCUCGCCCUCGCUCUCUCGCGACGCCUUCCUCAACCUCGUCUCGGACGUCGUCUCGCAGCAGCAGAUCGCCGACCUCGUCGCGUCGUGCUCCGGCAGGCCCGUCGAGCCCGACUACGUCUCGGAGGAGCAGGCGCACGCGUACAUCGAGCGGCCCGAGACGAUUCCUGAGCGCGCGAGACAGUCGAGGUUCGACCCGGCGUUCUGGUACAUCGUGCGGCUGCAGCAAGGGACGAACAAGUUCCGCCGGCACCCCUCGCUCGUCCACAACGACCUCUUCCCUCAGGUCAAGCUCACGCGCAUGGACGAGUACCUCGCGGCGACGAUCGGGCGACGAGUCAUGGACGACGAGAAGUAG